AUGGCCCCUAGAGUUGGCGCAUGCCUCCUCCCUCGGCCAUGCACAACUUAUGUGAUCCCAUUCCAGGACCACGCUGGCAACCCCGCGCUCAGCACAUUCGAAGGCGAACUGGCUUGCCCACUGCCCUAUCUUUACAGCUACUGCAUCUACUUCACCCACCCCGAUGUCCGCCCUGACACCCCCGACUCGACUGGCGCCGCGAGGGGGCUGUACGAAGAAAUCGUUAUCGAAAACGCGCCGUUCAACCCUUGCGACUGUCGAUUCCGCAUCGACAUGUACUUCCUCCCCAACGGCACUCAUGACGACUGCAUGCUUCACUACCGCGCUGAGCGCGAUGCCCGGGGCAGCUACACGACCCAGGUUGAAGCUUUCGAGAGGGGUGCCGCCCAACCCACCGCCGAGACCGCCAGGAUGCCCGGUCUAGUGCCCUCAUAUGCCCAUGAUAUGUCCAGGGAUAGCUAUCACGCCCUCAUCUACAUUUGCGACGCCUCAGACUGGCGUGGAGGUGAGGAUGAGACCAUGACACGCCUCGAGUUUGAACCACUGUCACGUGACGACUAUGAACUCUAUAGCAAGGACCUGGAGGACGAGCAUGAACCCGACGUGCUCCCCGAGACGGCGGCCGUGAUCGAGGCGAUUGGGAAAAGCAGCCCCGGCUUUGGCAAGCCGACCUCGGCCAUGCCCAGGCAACCCAGGCUCGCCGAGAGUUUGAUCGAAACAUGGCACAUGGCGUAUCACAUGUUCGACAGGGCUCCCCGUCAGAAUAUGGGCGAAGGUGCCUGGGAGGAGGCCAAGGAGAAGGGCUGGACUUCUUGGUGA